GCGCGGACACUCAUCUCACCAUCAUGACGGGGAAAGAGGAACUUGUGUUUUCAGACAAUGAGAACGAGCAGAAAACAGCGCAAAGCAGCGGGAAGGCCCCGCUCUGGAAGACUGGGCCCGCGGCGCAGCGCCGAACCGGCUUUGGGAUCCAGGAACUGCUCGGCCUCAACAAGGAGCCGCCGGCGGCCCCUCCGAGGAGGCCCCUGGAGGCCCUGCCGCCCAGAGCGCACAUCCUCACGGCCAGGGCGGCCCUCGGACACGGGAUGGGUUUACUGAGUCCGGAUGGGUUCCACCCGUUUUACGGUCAGCCCGCUUUUCUGGAGGUUCUGUCGGAGGCGCACAGUGCGCACCUGCAGCCGCUGCACAGAGCGGCGCACAGGGAGCCGCGCGUGGAGGCGCAACAGUCCGGGGCCAGCUCCGACUCUGAUGAUCUGAGCUCCUCCGGAGAUCCAAAGUUCUCAUCAAUGAGCAAGAAAAGAAAGAAAAGACGACACAGAACCAUUUUCACGUCCUAUCAGCUGGAGGAACUGGAGAAAGCUUUCAAUGAAGCUCACUAUCCAGAUGUUUACACCAGAGAGAUGCUGUCCAUGAAGACCGAGCUGCCAGAGGACAGAAUACAGGUCUGGUUUCAGAACCGCAGGGCCAAGUGGAGGAAGCGUGAGAAGUGUUGGGGUCGCAGCAGUGUGAUGGCGGAGUACGGUCUGUACGGCGCCAUGGUCCGUCACUCCAUCCCGCUGCCUGAGUCCAUCCUCAAGUCAGCCAAGGACGGCAUCUCAGACUCUUACGCUCCCUGGUUACUGGGUAUGCACAAGAAAUCAGUUGAGCCUUCACAUACCUCCCCAGAAAAACCCAGCAGCUGCUCACUGGUACCAGUACACGAGAAAAGGAUGGACAAAACGACGGAGGAAGCGAGGCAGAAACAGCGUAAGGAUGUUUCGAAAGAGGAACUGAGGGAGAACAGUAUCGCUGUGCUGCGAGCCAAGGCACUGGAGCACAGCGCCAAGGUGCUCGAGACUGUCUCUGACCAAUCAAACAACAGUUUGACGCAGAAAGAGGAGGCUGAGGAUCAGGGGACUGAGCAGGAGGUGAAGAGGAGCAACUGAAAAAAUACUGCAACUUUUAUUAUCGGCAGCAGAAGUCCUGUUCAGUGGGUUGAACUGAGCAUUGAUCCUCCAUCAGUGAACCUCCACAUUCAGAGUUUUUCCAAAUGGGAUACUUUAUUUGACCUUUGACCUCCCAGUGAUGACAAGAGUCCAGCUUAUACUACCACAUGCACCAAAUAACAAACUUUGAUAAAAAAAAAAACUUUGCAUUUCCAGCUGUUUAAACUAUGACACACAUUAUGACAGAUUCCUAAUUGUCCUGCUGUUCUAACACUAAACAUGUGGUUGUCUUCUUACUGUAGCUUAAUUAAAAAUGUAUC